AUGAAGCCUAAAGACGAGUUGUCCCUUCCCGAGCUGGAGGAGUUAAUUCAGCCGAAUUUCCCAAAGUCAAUAUUAAUCCCAAGCCAAGGGGCUCACAAGGAGAAACCAAGGCUCCCAGAAGAUGAGGAGUCUGGCCCUGAUGUCGUAUCAGCCGUGAUCGGGGAGUAUGGACGCUGGCAACUAUUGAUGACGUUCCUUCUAUCGCUCUUCUCAUUCCCUUGCACAUUCCACAUCUUCUUGCCUACCUUCACGGCGAAGGCAACAAAAUACUGGUGUCAACGACCUGAAAAUCUAUCGAUCGUUUCCCUAGACAGAUGGAUAAACUACAGUCAGCCAAAUGACGCUUGCUACGUCCGCUCACUAACAGAAAAUGUGACAGCAGCAAGUAUUAUGAACUGGACCGCCCCAGAAAUACCCCUCUUUCAAAAGUGCCAAGAAUGGGGCUUCGAUCGAAGCGAAGUUGGGGAUACUAUAAUCUCUGAAUGGAAUCUUGUGUGCGAUAAAGAGAAUCUGACGAGUCUUGCGGAGGUAGUGUUUUUGAUUGGUGUGGGGAUCGGGGGUGUUGUUGGGGGAUGGAUUUCAGAUAGAUUUGGGAGAAAACGCAUUCUCAUGGCGAUGUCAGUAGCGCAGAGUGCAUUGGCGAUUCUGUCUCUUUUAGUGAGCUCAUAUAUGCAAUAUGUAGCAGUAAGACUUAUAAUGGGGCUCGUAUCAGUGUCUGUGGUAUAUGCGGCGUUUGUGUUAUCUGUGGAGCUCGUUGGCGGGAAAUGGGUGACGAUCGCGGGCGUUUGCAACUUUUUCCCUCUACCCCUGGCGUAUGUUAUCGUGUCUCUAUUAUCUAUGGUUAUGCCUAAUUGGAGGGAUCUUCAGUUGGCGUUGUCUUUACCGGGCUGCUUACUUAUAGUGCUAUGGUUUGUCUUACCCGAAUCUCCAAGAUGGCUCCUGAGCAUGGGACGUACACAGGAAGCCAAAGUGAUACUAGAAAAAGCGGCAAAAUUCAACAACAAACAACUUCCGGUGGACAUAGACAAGCUGUUAUUAGUCUACAAAAUAGAUACGAAAACGGAAGACCCGAGUGUGUUUAUGCUACUCCGAGGAUACCUCUUAAAGAGGACAAUCUGUUUAUUCGUAGCGUGGUUCGCUAUGACGAUAGCGUAUUACGGACUGUUGUUAAACAUAGGAAACUUUAACCUUGGUAACUUGCACGUGACAUCUAUAAUUCUAGCCGUAGUAGAAAUUCCGGCGAUAGGUUUGAGUAUUCCUAUAUUGUUAAAGGCUGGGCGAAGAUUCCCUAUAUUUAUAACCAUGGUGGUAUGCGGUCUGGCCUGUGUAGCCAGUGAGAUUUUGUCCAUAUCAUUUGAGAACCCAUGGGCGAUGAUAUCGUGUCUCAUGGUGGGGAAGUUCGCGAUCGGAGCAACGAAUAUGAUGCUGCCCAUAUUCACCGCCGAGUUAUAUCCCACUGUGGUACGGAAUUUGGGAGUUGGUGUCAGUCAGAUUUCCUCUGGAUUGGCGCUUAUUUGCAUACCGUAUUUGUGGAGAUUGACGGCUUUUAAUGAACAUCUACCGAUGGUAACCAUAGCUGCGAUGAGCGCUGCAGGGGGCGCCACUAUACUAGCAUUACCGGACACGACGAACGGGAAAGCUAAAGUGAGCACAGAAAGCGUACCAUCAAGUAAUGGAACAUAUACUACUACUGACGAUAGAGGGCGCUGA